UCUCCAUUAGAUACACUAUAUAUACGGUACACACUCCAUCUCACCAUAUUCACCAUCCCACUCCACCACCGGCACCAGCCUACCAGGGUCAGCACAACAGACAGAAGACACACAAGCGCAGCUUGUCAGACCAGACCUCCAUCAUGGUGCGUACUGGAGUCCUGAGUGCACUUGUCCUGCUCUCCCUGAUCUCCUCAGGCCAGUCUGUUGAGGAGGUGGAUCUGAAGACCCUGGCGAGAAUCACUGGAGUCUUUCAGACCGAGUAUCAACCAUCUGGACAGACCGAGAGUGGCGAUGGUGUCCAGUUUGCUUUGGCCAUCAAUGUCCCUGCAGACCAGUGUGGGGCCACAUUCAGCCAGAACUUCCUCAGCCAAGAGAACGCAGGCACGGUCAAGCAACAGCUCACAGACAAAAAUCUUUACCAGGGGCCACAGAUGGUAGCUGCCACUCCAAAGGGCUCAAGUUCCACAUCUAAGAUCCACUCUGAGCGCGCUCUGCUCAUGUGCGCGGGCUUCAACCAAGCUGUCACUCCUGUGAAGAACCUGCUGAACAAGGACAAAGGCGGCUGCGUGGUGUUCUACACCUACAACUCCCCGUGUCUGGAGUACUGCCUGAACCAAGCACGGGACGAGAACGAACGGAACCGGGAGACGGUCCAGAAAGAGAGGGCCGAGAAAAAGGGGAAAACGGCCAACGUGGCCCCCGCUGUGGCAAAGUGCAUCCUGGACUCUCUCAGCACGCUCGCCAAUCACAACGGCCCCAAGGCCUUCGUGUUCAGUCAGGUCUACAGGAAGGAUAAAAACAACCCUGAUCUGGCAGCUGCCCUGAAGAAGGUUGCAGAGCAGGUUCCUCUCUACAAGUGUACCACCAACUCCUGUGUCAAGUGUCUGAAGAAUGAUGAGAUCGUUAAUCAAUGCCUGUCUUAAGAGAUAAACAUUGUAAUUACUGUACGUUGAGAUUUUCUUUUAAUGUUAAUGAUUACAAUCUUUGUGACUUGAUUCAUUAAUACUUCCUAAAUGCUAACUGCUGUAACAAUUGUGUUUUGUAAUCGUUUAUUUUGCGGUAAUACAAACCCCAGCAACAAUUAAAGAUGUUUGUGUUGUAAGAUACAUAA